AUGACUGCUCAGAGCAGAGAGGAUGCUGAGGAGGGAGCGGGCGCAUCAGGGAGGGCGACCUUGCCUCUCAACCAGCAGACCGAGCGCCUGUGCAACAAGACCAGUAUCUGCUCUCGCUCUUACUUUGUGGUUGUAAUGGUGUUUUUUCACGUUUAUAUAGUCAAUGUAAUUGCACUCUUAUUCUACGUGCACUACAACAGUGCACAAGAAGAUGAUAGCCGAAGUCGUGACACUCGGGAUACUGACCCCUCGAAUGUCAACUCAAGAGAUGCGCCAUCUAAAGUUCUACACCAACGUGAUUUUUCACUUCCAAGGAUCGAGGGCAUACGAGUUGGUCAUGUACAGAAGGUGUCACUGACACCAGGAAAAGACCAUCUCAUGCGGACACUCAGUAUGAAGCCCCUUCUAUUUGAAAUUCCAGAGUUUUUGUCGGAGGAUGAGUGCCAAGUCGUAAUGCAGCUGGCUCAUCUGAAAGGUUUAAUGGAAAGCCAGCUCAUGGUUCAGAGGGACCAUGAAGAAUUAGUUAAGGAACUCAACCUUAGCCCUGAGGAAAUCUUCAACCUUCUGGAUGUAAAUCAAGACGAGCAGUUACAAAUGACUGAGAUUCUAACUCAUUCUCGAGUGAGGGAUGGCAUUUGGUUAACACCAGACACUUUGAGGGAAAUAUAUGCAGGUCUCAAAGCUGACAAGAAUGGUGAUGGUUUGCUGAGUAUAGAAGAAUUCAGACUGCUGAGCAGUGAUGCCUUCCAGCGCUUCUUGCAACAAAAAGGGGUCAAGAAGAGUCAGCUUGUGAGAAAUAGCCGGCAUACAUGGCUUUACCAGGGCGAAGGGGCACACAAGGUCCUCCAAGACAUCAAAGAGAGAGUAAUCCGACUAACCAGGCUCCCCUCUGCCUUGGUGGAUCUGAGUGAGCCUUUACAAGUGGUUCGUUAUGAGGAGGGGGGUCACUACCAUGCCCAUCACGACAGUGGGCCAGUCUACCCUGAAACGGCCUGUACACACACUCGACUAGCAGUGAACACCUCCACUCCUUUUGAGACAUCGUGCAGGUACAUCACUGUCCUCUUCUACUUGAACUCUGUUGAAGGGGGAGGAGAGACCGCAUUCCCUGUAGCAGACAACAGGACGUACGAUGAAGUGUCAUUAAUACAGAAUGAUGUAGACCUAUUAGACACCAGAAAGAACUGUGACAAGAGCAACCUAAGAGUGAAGCCAAAAAAAGGGACAGCGGUUUUUUGGUACAACUAUCUUUCAGAUGGAAAAGGCUGGGUGGGGGAGCAGGAUGAGUAUGCUCUCCAUGGUGGCUGUGUGGUCACCCAUGGCACUAAGUGGGUUGCCAAUAAAUGGAUCAACGUUGAUCCAGAUUACCAGAGGCAGACUCGGUAUCAGCAACUGGUCUCACAGCAGCCGGAUCACACUGACGAAGAUGACACUUCCACUGUAUCGUCUGAUGCUCAUAGUUCUAGCCUCCAUCAGGACUUGUAG